AUGGCGGGUACUACAUCUUCCUCGGCAUCUAAUCCAAUUUCAGAGUUGGGUUCAUCAUUGAAGCGUGGUUCGGGUGAUAUUGGAUGGGAAUAUGCGGAGUUGGCGGAUGCCUCAAACUUGGAUAGGUUGAAGUGUAAGUUGUGUGGGAAAUUAGUUAGUGGUGGGAUAUAUCGAAUGAAGCAACAUAUUGCCCACAUCAAGGGAAAUGUGGCUCCUUGUAAAAAAAGAAUGCCGCAUACUCUUGGGCCUAUGGACCGUUUUGCAACCCCCAUCAAUCCAGAUUCUUCAUUGGAUGGAAGUAGGAAGAUGAGACAACAAAAUAUCAAUGAUGCACUUUUCAAGCAAAGAACACAUAUAUUGAAGGAAGAGGUAGAGAGAACUAAAAGUUUAUUGAAGAAGCAAGAAGAAGAGUGGGCUUUGAAUGGUUGCUCUAUUAUGACCGAUGCUUGGAGCGACCGGAAAAGAAGAAGUAUCAUGAAUUUGUGUGUCAAUUGUGCGGAAGGCACAACUUUUCUUUCUUCUAAGGAAGCAUCGGAUGAGGCACACACCGGGACGUAUAUUUUUGAAUAUGUGGACAAAUGCAUUGAAGAUGUUGGGCCACAAAAUGUGGUUCAAGUGGUGACGGACAAUGCUUCAAAUAAUAUGGCGGCGAGAGAUUUGAUGAAGUUGAAGAGGCCAAACAUAUUUUGGACUUCAUGUGCAACUCACACCUUGAAUCUUAUGCUUCAAGGAAUUGGCAACCAACCUAGAUUCAAAGGGGUGAUUGAGAGGGCAAAGAGCUUCACCAUCUAUAUUUAUGCACAUCACAAGACUUUGGCAUUGAUGAGGAAGUUUACAAAGAAAAGAGAUAUAGUGAGGCCGAGAGUCACUAGAUUUGCAACAGCUUUCCUCACUUUGCAAAGCUUGAUGGAGAAGAAGAAUGAGUUGAGAGCUAUGAUUACUAGUGAUGAAUGGAAUGAAAGCAAGCAUGCAAAGAGUGUAAAGGGGAAGGCGGUGGUGAAUGUUGCUUUGAGUGCUUCUUUUUGGAAUGGGGUAAGUCUUUGCUUGAAGGUCUUUGCCCCUUUAGUCAAGGUGCUUCGCCUUGUUGAUGGGGAUAGAAAGCCAUCAAUGGGCUUUGUGUAUGGAGAACUACUUAGAGCCAAGGAGGAGAUUAAAAUGGCAUUCAAAGAUCAAGAAACUCACUAUCGUCCAAUCCUUGACAUUGUUGAUGGAAAAGCCCGUGGUCGACUUGAUAGUCCAUUGCAUUUAGCGGGUUACCUCUUGAACCCUUACUACACAUAUGCCAAUCCAAGUCUUGAGAAUGAUAAUGUGGUCAUGGAUGGAAUUGCACAAGUAUUUGAAGAAAGAGGAUGGAUUUGGAAGAGGUUUGGCUAA